AUGGAGUCAAAGAUUUCCAAAGAAUUAAAAUCAGAAACUCAAGCAUCCAAGAAAAGGAAGAAUUUGGAUCAGAGGGUUGUGGUGGAGGUGAAAAUACAAGCAAGUGAUAAGAAACAGAAAAGUGAAGGGCCACCUCCUGAUUGUUGGUCUUGGAGAAAAUAUGGACAAAAACCCAUCAAAGGAUCUCCAUACCCAAGGGGUUACUACAGAUGCAGCACAUCAAAGGGUUGUUCAGCUAAAAAACAAGUGGAAAGAUGCAGAACAGAUGCAUCCAUUCUCAUCAUCACUUACACAUCCAAUCAUAACCAUCCAGGCCCCACACAUCAUUCCUCCACCAAUCAAACUCAAGAGCUCAAUGAACCUUCACUCCCAGAACUCACAGAGGAUCAUCCUGCGAUCCCGGAUCCAGAAGAAGAACCAGAUAUAAAGGAUCAAGAAACCGCAUUGGAUGAUCAUUUCCACUAUUCCCAGUCUCCAUUCAAUUCUGCCCAAGAAAUCAUUAUGGAUCAAGAAAUGAACCCUUUCACAGAAAAUCUGCAAAACCCAUAUGAUUAUGAUUCACACAGAGUACUUAUAAAUGAAGAGCCCUUUCUAUACUCUCAUCCAGUGAACUUCUCAGAAUCUAAAUCAGAAGAAAAUGACUUCUUUGAUGAGCUUGAAGAACUACCCAUGUCUUCAUUUUUGACAAAUUUCAUGAGAAGUAGUACUUUGCUUGAGGAAAGAAUUCUUGUAGACCUUUCUUGA